AACGGAUUCAGAUGGGCUAUGAUAUAUGAUUAGUGUUCCCGAGACAGAGAAGAAUGGCGACGGUGGCACGUGCGGUGGCAGUGUUAGCAGUAGCGAAACCCUCGGCGGUGUUAUUGGGUGGCGGAAAAACUCAAAGGUUUCUAAAAUUCAAACCUCUGUGUAGUUCAUCUACACCUUCUUCUAGAAAACUGGUCCUUUACUCAAAACCCGGUUGCUGUUUGUGCGAUGGUCUCAAAGAGAAGCUCCAAGCUGCAUUCUUGCUCUCUGGUCCUCAUUCCCUUACCGACGUCGAUUUCCAGAUAAGAGAUAUAACCAGCAAUCCGGAGUGGGAAAAAGCUUAUCAAUACGAGAUACCUGUGUUGGCUAAAGUGCUCUCUGAUGGCACCGAGGAAACUUUACCGCGUUUGUCUCCUCGUUUAGGAGUGGAGCUCCUCCAGAAGAAGAUAGCUGCUGCCCUGGGAGAACAAUAAAGGCCAGGACUCCCGAGGCAUAAGAAAUGUUUGUUCUAUACCUCUAUCAUUUAACACCAUUUUUUAGUUAUAUUUAAUUAAAGGAUUGAUUCCUUUAUACUAAAGAGUUAAAUUUAGAGAGAACAAAGGACAGGACAGAAAAGUUAUAGUAUUUUAUUGAAAAUUCAAGUUGAGAUUAUGAUCAUAUGUAAACACAUUAUGAAGUUACUUAAUACUGGAUAACUUCUUUAAUCAA